AUGUCUUUGCCUCCCCAGCAAGCACUCUUGCACCGCACCGCAAACGUCUUCUCACAACCGUGCAAACUGCAACCACAUAAUAUAAGCCCAAUCCCACAAACCAAAACAAAACGUAAACAACAUUUGCCAAAUAACUCAUUACAAGACCUGCAGUCACAGGCUGCUUCGCCACGUUUAAAGUUACCUUCGAUAAACUUCUUCCGCUUCUUGGCAAAUAACCCAUGCUCAUUAAACAACAAAAAACUCCAUAAACUUGUAGGAAGACUUACUUCUAUUGACAAAUCUGAAUUUCCACCCGUAAUAUUCUUUUCUGAAACUUGGUUCAGUGCUACGUCAGACACUACCAUUGCUGGCUAUCAGCUGCAUAACACAGAACGUGAUGGUAGAGGGGGCGGUGUUGCAAUCUAUAUCAUAGAUGGCCUCGCUAACAGCAAGAUUACCGACGUCACACGCACCUCGACAUCCGUAGAACAAAUCUGGCACAUAAUACAUUUUGAAAACGAAUCAAUACUUCUUGGUUGUAUGUAUCGCCCAAUAGAUAAAAACAAUGAUACGCUCACUCAGAUUCUUGCCUCUAUUAAAGCAGCGCAACAGAUAUUGCCAAAAUUAAAGUGUUCAAGAAUGCUUUUGUAUGGUGAUUUUAAUUUUAGCCACACCAGUUAUAAAUCAUGCAAUGUUGGUAGUGGUGUAGAAACAACCGCUCAUGUUACUGAACAACAUCCCGGUGAUAUCAAAUUCCAAGAGUGUCUUAAAGACUGCUAUUUAACUCAACUAGUAACAUUCUCAACAUACCGCAAUAACAUGCUUGCAACUCCAUGUAGCACGCUUGACCUCGUCAUCACUAAUAAUCCUGAUCGCCUAAUCUCAAUAAACGAAGAAAAUUCGCUUGGACAUACACCAAUGCGAAAAGCUCACUGUCUUUUUGCAGUAUACUCCAACAAGAACAAACUAACAUCUCCUAUUCGCCGACGGCUUAUCUGGAGUAAAGCAAAUUUUGAUGCAAUCUCAUUACAUAUAACUUCUAAAGAAAUACCAACCAAUCUCUCUGCAAACGAUCUGUACAGUUGGUUUAUUGACGUAUACAACAAAGCUGUAAAAUUGCACAUUCCAUCAACAACGACUCUAUUUAAAAUUAAGCAAGAUCUUUGGGUCACACAAAAAGUAUUGGAAGGAGUAAAAUUAAAACGUUCAACUUGGGCAAAAUACGUUGUUGCUGGUAAAGAUUCUCAUGCAAAAUUACGUAAUGAACAUCAGGCUGCAUGCAAACACGUUAAAAAAGUGGUCAAUGCGGCUGUCCUUCAUUACGAACAACAACUAGUAAGCAGUUUCAAGAAGUUCCCAAAACGUGUGUACUCACACGUAAAAAACAAGCUUAAAGUACAUAAUCACAUUGGUAUGCUUGAAACUAGCGAUGAUAACAUCACCGAAGACUCUAAGUUUAUAACUUCAAUGAUAAACAAUUAUUUUCAUUCAGUUUUUGUCGAAGAACCCCCAACACCGUUACCAAAGUUUGAAGAGAGAACAAAAUCAACUUGCGAAAUUGACGAAAGUUUGUUUACAGCUGCUAUAGUACAAAAAUACUUAUUCUGCCUUGACGACACUAAAUCAAUGGGACAUGACGGAGUACAUCCUCGUGUUCUAAAAAACUGUGCAAAAGCUUUUGCAAUACCUCUUUCACUCAUUUUUAAGCAAUCCUUUCAAACUGGAAAUGUCCCAGAUCUUUGGCGUAAAUUAAAUGUUACUCCUAUCUUCAAAAAAGGAAACAAACUCAAAGCUUGUAAUUAUAGGCCGGUAUCUCUUACCUAUGUACCGUGCAAGAAUUAUAAAAGAGAGGAUUAUGAAACACUGUACACUACACAAUCUAAUUUCAAAAUCUCAGCAUGGAUUUGUAAAUCACAGAGGUUGUCUUACAAAUUUAAUUGA